ACAAUUUCUCAGUGAGACCAUAGAAACGUUGUGGUGAUGACGAAGUCAAAAUCCCAGUCCCUCUCAGCACGCCGUUCCUCGCCGCGUACUCGCUCCGGUGCUAUGCCUGAACCUAUUUCCUCGCCGCGUACUUCCUCAAGAUUUGUCCCGAAACUAAAUUCCUCUCCCAGAACCAACGAGAUUUCUCGAACGCCAUUUUCCUUCGGUGCCGUCACUCCCAUCGCCGGAAAGCUAAAAUCAGUCUCGUUAUCCGAUUGGUGGCUGACGAAGAAGACAAACCAAAAGGGUUUGUGUGUUACAGGAUUCGAAUUGAAAGGUGGAUCUGAAGCGAGGCUAUUUUCAUCAGGAGCAAUCUCGAGAAGACAUGAUAGUAUCACGCUCGAGACGUUUGAUGGGCUUACAGUUUGUAUCAGUGGAUUCAUCAAUCGAUCUCGUACUUUACAGAACGGAUUCUCCUCUGAAGUUUGCAAUCGAUUUCUCUUAGGGUUUCCGUAUAACUGGGAAGAUAAUCACGAUGAAGAAGCAGAGAAGAAGAAGCAAUUCAGGAGAGAGGAAUGUCUACUGAAUUAGCAGCUUCAAAAUUUUCCGUUAUUUCCUCUGACUCCAUGCUUCAAAAGUGUGAUCUUGGAUAAUGUUGUUGACAGUUUAAGAGCUAGUACUGAGACAGACAAGAAAUGUGGGAAAUCAAGAAUGGAUGAUGAUGAUGAUGAUGAGUGUUUGGUUCCAAGAGUUGUGGUAGUGAAGACUAGAGGCAUGCUUAGACGAAGAGAAGAGAAUGAAACUAGAGUCCACACAACGUACAAGAAGAAAGAGAUUAAGUUUAAGAGAAGGAUAAAGCUAAGAAAUUUCUACUGAAUUAACCUCAGCAACAUUGUUAUUUUGACUCAACUUAACCAAUUGUAUAACCUUGAACUUCUAGUUCUUGUUGUUGCUUUUUGUAAUGUCUGUUUUUGGACACAACAGAAAAAAUGGAACAUAUUUUGGAAUG